AUGGCGGGCGGCGCGGCGGAGCCGAGGCUGGACGUCAACCGGGCCGGCGCGGCGGAGCUGGAGCGGGGGCUGGUGGGCAUCGGGCGCCGGCGGGCCAGGGGCAUCGUGCGCAAGAGGGAGGAGCUGCGGGGCUUCUCGUCGCUGGAGGAGCUGCUGCGCGUCAAGGGCAUCACCGCCCGCACCCUCCGCCUCAACCGGCAGCGCCUCGCCUGCUCCGCCCGCCCGCAGGACGCCCAGGACGCCGCCCCCGCCCAGGGAGACCGAGGAGCCGGCGGCGGCGGCGGGGGCCCCGUCGAGCCCGGCAGCUCCCGCGUCUCGCGGGGGGCCCCGCACUCCGACGCCCAGCAGAGGGGGGGCGGCGACGGCGGCGGCAGCGGCAGCAGCAGCAGCAGCGACGGCGAGGAGGACGAAGGCGGCGGCGGCGGCGGCGGCGGCGACGACGUCUACUUCUACUACACGGUGGACGAGCGCUGGAUCGACUACCUGGAGCGCACCGAGCGGGGCGGCGGCGGCGGCCUCCGCCACCAUGCCCGCCCCAAGGUAGCAGCUCCUGGCCGGGCUGCUGCGGGGGGAGGCGGCGGCGGCGGCGGCCUGGUUUUCGAGGGGAUGGCAGCCCCCUGCCCAGCCUGCCACGGCCAGCAGAUGAAGCGGAAGUCCGAGAGCAGCCUGGACAGCAGGGCCCCGUCUCCUGGGAAGAAGUUCUGCAAGGGUUCGGAGCGUGGCAGAGUGCUGGGCCCUUGCGUCGCAAGCCCCACAGCGACCUUUGGCGACCUGCGAAAUGCCAAGGUGGGCCAGGCCCGCUGCCGGCAUGUUCCCCCCUUGACUCCACCCCCUGAGCUCCAGGACUGGCUGCGAACGUUCCAGCGCUGGAGCGGCCCAGAGAAGCUGCUGGCCCUCGAUGAGCUCAUCGACCGUUGUGAGCCCCCCCAGAUCAAGCACAUGAUGCAGGUGAUUGAGCCCCAGUUCCAGCGGGACUUUAUCUCGCUCUUACCCAAAGAGCUGGCGCUCUACGUGCUCUCUUUCCUGGAGCCCCGCGACUUGCUCCGUGCUGCACAGACAUGCCGCUACUGGCGCAUUUUGGCAGAGGACAACCUGCUGUGGCGGGAGAAGUGCCGUGAAGUAGGCAUUGAAGAGCCACUGAGCCUGCGCAAGCGGCGGCUGCUCAGCCCGGGCUUCAUGUACAGCCCCUGGAAACUGGCCUUCCUGAGGCAGCACCGGAUCGACAUGAACUGGCGGGGUGGGGACGCCCGGCCCCCCAAGGUCCUGAAAGGGCACGACGACCACGUCAUCACCUGCCUCCAGUUCUGCGGCAACCGCAUUGUCAGCGGCUCGGAUGACAACACGCUCAAGGUCUGGUCAGCCGUCACAGGGGAGUGCGUGCAGACCCUCGUGGGGCACACGGGCGGGGUCUGGUCCUCUCAGAUGAGGGACAAUGUGGUCAUCAGCGGCUCCACCGACCGGACCUUGAAGGUGUGGAAUGCGGACACCGGGGAGUGCGUGCACACCCUCUAUGGGCACACGUCCACCGUGCGCUGCAUGCACCUGCACGGCACCAGGGUGGUGAGUGGGUCUCGGGACGCCACCCUCCGCUUGUGGGACAUUGAGACUGGGCAGUGCUUGCAUGUGCUGAUGGGCCAUGUGGCGGCUGUGCGCUGCGUCCAGUACGAUGGGCAGAAGGUGGUGAGCGGCGCCUACGACUACACGGUGAAGGUCUGGGACCCAGAGACUGAGAGCUGCAUUCACACCCUGCAAGGCCACACGAACCGCGUCUACUCCCUGCAGUUUGACGGGGUCCACAUUGUCAGCGGCUCCCUGGACACGUCCAUCCGGGUGUGGGACGCGGAGAGUGGCAACUGCCUGCACACACUGAUGGGGCACCAGUCCCUGACGAGCGGCAUGGAGCUGCGGGACAACAUCCUGGUCUCGGGGAACGCCGACUCCACCGUCAAAAUCUGGGACAUCAAGACGGGCCAGUGCCUGCAGACCCUGCAAGGGCCCAGCAAGCACCAGAGCGCGGUGACGUGCCUGCAGUUCAGUUCCAAGUUUGUGGUGACCAGCUCGGACGACGGCACUGUCAAGUUGUGGGACCUGAAGACGGGAGAAUUUGUGCGCAACCUGGUGGCCCUGGAGAGUGGGGGCAGCGGGGGGGUGGUCUGGCGCAUUCGUGCCUCCAACACGAAGCUGGUUUGUGCUGUUGGCAGCCGCAACGGGACGGAGGAGACGAAGCUGCUGGUGCUUGACUUUGACGUGGCUCUGAAAUAA